GACAAGCUCUCUCAGAGGAUCUCGAGAUUCUCAUCGUCUACUUCAUCCGGUUGCCGACACCCGCCUCCCUCUUGCAUUCCAUGUAUCUUCCCCACCCUCCGUCCGUCCGUCCCACACGCGAACAGGACAAGCUCUCUCUAGAGGAUCUCGAGAUUCUCAUCGCCUACUUCGCCCAACAGGGCCGCGACAUGUGGCAGGCCCUCGAGGUCUACGAUUGGAUGGUCCGCGGGAACCGCGUGGAGCGCCGAACGCGGCGCCUCAUCCACGUCAUCAUGGACCAGCGCCUCGGGCAGCUGCUACAGGAAGGCUGCCCGACGGAAAAGGUCUUGCGGCUGGUGGGCAGGAUGGUGGAUCUCGGGCUGCCCCCGGAUUUCCCGCUGAAAAGAAUGGUGGGGGAGGAGCUGUGGGAUAGAGGGGCGGUGGCGGAAGUUGUGAAGCUUCUGAGAAUGUUCCGGAACGAGGACGAAAGUGCGUGGAAGGAGCAGGGAGUGGUAGCUGGAGUGAGAGUUGUGUCUUGGAAUGAGGAGGAGGAAGUGAAGGAAGAGGAGGACGAGGAAGAGGAAGAGGAAGAUGGGGAGGGAAAAGAAUGGGAGGAAAGUGAGGAGGGGAGUGUGUGGAGUGGGUUAAGUGAGAGUGAGGAUGAGGUGGAGAUUGGUAGUGGUGGGCAGAAAGAUGGGGAGGCGAGGCCAUCAGACCGCGCAACUCAAGCCGCGCAAUGUGUGAACUCCCCAGGGAGCGCGCGGCAGGAGAUUCAGGAGCGGCUGAAGCUGCAGCUGCUCGUGCGAGCGAGCAGCCGUGAAGCCACUGGGAGUAGCACCGGCGCCAGAAGCAACGGCAAACAGAGCAGCAGUAGCAGCAGCAGCAGCAGCAGCAGUAGCAGCAGUAGCAGCGGUGGCACUGGCAGCAGCGAGGAAAUGGUGAUACAGAGAAAACCGGGUCCAGGGGCGCUGGCAGAUGGACGAUUCUCAGGAGCGGAGGGCAGUGAGGAGCAUAGUCGAUUACAGAGCAGAAGAGGAGGGAUCAGUGGGGAUGGUAUCGUUGUCAGCUCAGGGGGGGCGAAGGAGGCGAGGGCAGGGCAAAGGCAGGAGCAAGGGGGUAGGCAGGCAGGCAGCGAGUCAAAGUCAAGAGAGGUAGAAGCAGAGAGGGAGGGGGAUGAAGCAGCGGCGAUGCGAGCAGCAGAGGCAGCAGCAGGGGCAGCAGCAGAGGCGGUGGGGGAUGAAGCGGGGAUGAGAGCAGCGGAGGAGAGGGAGGAUCUAGUGGGGCUGCUGCUGCUGCGAGCUGUGAACGCGGGGCAGUACCGGCAGGUGCUGCCGCUGCCGCGCAUGCUGAGAGAAGCCGGGGUGGAGGUGGGCGUGGCGGGGUUCAGUGCGGUGUUGGCCGGUGCGGUGAAGGAGCAGGAGAAGCUGAGUGUGGCGCGGAGGGAGUUGAGGGACCUGCAGCAGAUGGGCGUGGUGGGACAGCUGUCGCCUCUGGAGGGGCUUCUACUGGAGGGGAGGGGAGAAGAGCUGAGCGACCUGCAGCACAUGGGCGUGGUGGGGCAGCUGUCUCCUUUGGACGGGCUUGUACUGGAGGUCCACGGGGCAGGGUUGCAGCACUAA